ACCGGAAGGGGAAUGAUACAUAUUACUGAAGUGUAAAAUUUAUUAUGGGUAACUACAUGAUUCUUAAUCUUUCAUUAUUUUUCAGGCAGAGAAGAUGAACACCAUUCUUAAAGCUGCCAAUGUUGAGGUUGAACCCUACUGGCCCACGUUGUUUGCGAAAGCUCUGGAAGGAGUUGACUUGAAGCAGCUUAUCACAAAUGUUGGAUCCGGAAUGGGAGCUGGAGGAAUGGGUCUCGGAGAGGGCGGUGCUCUUGCACCUGCAGGUGGCGAAAGCGCACCUGCUCCGAAGGAAGAACCCAAAGAAGAAAAGAAGGAAGAGUCUGAGGAAUCUGAUGAAGAUAUGGGCUUUGGACUGUUUGAUUAGAAGAAAUAAGUUCUCUUCUUAUAUUUAUUCAAGAAAUUGUGCCAAAAAAACCAAAGGUUGUUAUUCAUUGUUAAUUAGAUGUUAAGUUUUAUUGGAUGUGUUCAAUAAAAUUGUUUGACUUUA